AUGUCAUCCAGCUCCCGACGGACCACCCCUAACAUCGACGUCAUCAGCCAAGUAUUCUCCAAUCCGUAUCUUCGGUAUCUGAUUUUCCAUGAUAUUCAUCAAAAACUACUGGCUCCGUUACUUAGAGUAUCCAAAUUGUUCUUAGAAGGAGGUGCGGAAUCCUUGUAUAGGGAUUUUGAUUAUCAGAAUUAUCACAAAUUGGUGAAGAGGUGUGAAAAUGAGGAACGACUCAACCUCUAUCUCGGAUGCGUAAGAGCCGUUGAUCUAUCGAACCUCACACGUACCAUCCAAGUUGCCAAAUGGUCUUCCCUUCUAUCCUCUUUCACCAAUGCGACCCUUAUCAAACGUUACCACGAUAUUCUUACUCGGCAAUCUACCUCUGGCGAUCCCCAAUCGACUCCUGAAUACACUUACUCUUAUCCACAUGCUGAACAUCUCACUAAGAACAGUCAGGAGGUGCCGAAGGGAAGACCCGGCAUACCCAAGUUGUGGAAACAAGUCAAACGUUUGACAUUGAAUGCGUACACCAAGGAUUUCGGUGAGGAUCAAAAUAGAGGGGAAGAAUGGAAACGAGCCUUGCUGGAUAGAGUGAAAGAAUUGGAUAGUCCCUUGGAAGGCAUAUCGAUUGACUUUCCCGUACCAAAUCGAAUUAUCCUUGAAGCACUCAAAGAAGUGAAGGAGAUGGGAUUGGGUACACCGAAAACGAUAUUACUCAAAUCAAGUGAUGAAGAUCUUUUCGAACUGCUAGAUCUAGUCUCGCCAACUGUUACAAACUUGAACAUCUGGAUAAACAUAACUCAUGAGAAUACUCAGAUAUGUCUAAGGGACUUUUUGGUCAAGAUGCCAUGGAAGAAACUCGGAUGUUUGAGGAUAUUUAAACUCUGUGUGAGAAGGUACCCUGCCUCUGUGGGAGAUCACCAACAAAUCCAGUUGGAGGAUGAUCCAGAUAAAUCAUUUGAUCCUGAGGAGCUAGGCGAACCGUACAAUCCAGGAGAAUUUCAUAUGUUUAGUGAAUUCAACUUACACAUACUCUACCCCCCUGAUAUUAAUGGAGGUCAAUUCGAACAUCAAAUUCAAUUAGACCUGGAACACCUCUCUUCGUUGGCUAGAUCCAUGAUGAAGAUAGUAGGUUUGUUUACCUCGGCUGGAUUGACGAUAGGGUACAAUUCAGAGACAAUGAAUGAUGUAGUCAAGUCGAACAUGUACUCCAGAAAGAUGAAUGAUGGAUUGUGGAAUGAGAUGAGCGUUAUUAGGAAAGAAUAUUGGGAUAAGAAGAAAGGACAACCAUGA